GCUGCCGAGCGCUGCGGGAGCGGGUGGGCAUCAUGGCGGUGCUGCUGGAGACCACGGUGGGCGACCUGGUCAUCGACCUGUACACGGAGGAGCGGCCCCGCGCUUGUCUGAAUUUUCUGAAGCUCUGCAAAGUCAAGUACUACAACUACUGUCUUAUUCAUAAUGUUCAGAGGGAUUUUAUUAUACAAACUGGCGACCCCAUGGGAACUGGCCGUGGAGGGGAAUCCAUAUUUUGCCAACUGUAUGGUGAUCAAGCUAGAUUUUUUGAGGCAGAAAAGGUGCCGAGAAUCAAGCACAAAAAGAAGGGAACUGUGUCAAUGGUGAACAAUGGCAGUGAUCAGCACGGAUCGCAGUUUCUUAUUACUACAGGGGAAAACCUGGAUUACCUCGAUGGUGUGCAUACAGUGUUUGGAGAAGUGACAGAAGGCAUGGAUGUAUUGAAGACAAUUAAUGAAACCUUUGUAGAUAAGGAUUUUAUCCCAUAUCAAGAUAUCAGGAUAAACCAUACAGUAAUUUUAGAUGAUCCAUUUGAAGAUCCACCUGGCUUGUCUGUUCCUGAUCGCUCACCAGAACCUACUAAGGAACAGCUGGAUAGUGGCAGAAUAGGAGCAGAUGAAGAAAUUGAUGACAUGAAAGGACGGUCUGCAGAUGAAAUAGAAGAAGUUCAAGCAGAAAAAGAAGCAAAAACUCGUGCCAUUCUUCUAGAAAUGGUGGGAGACUUACCAGAUGCAGAGAUCAAGCCACCAGAAAAUGUGCUGUUUGUGUGUAAACUGAAUCCCGUGACCACAGAUGAAGACCUAGAGAUAAUAUUUUCACGAUUUGGUCCCAUUAAAAGCUGUGAAGUGAUUAGAGACUGGAAGACUGGUGAAUCUCUCUGUUAUGCUUUCAUUGAGUUUGAAAAGGAGGAAGACUGUGAGAAAGCCUACUUCAAAAUGGACAAUGUGCUGAUAGAUGACAGACGGAUACAUGUGGAUUUCAGCCAGUCUGUUGCAAAGAUUAAGUGGAAGGGAAAAGGUGGGCAGUAUACCAAGGAUGAUUUCAGAGAGUACGAAAAGGAACGUGACAAACCUUCAAAACCUUCAAACCUUGCUCUGAAAGAGAAGGUAAAACCAAAGCAGGAUGCCAAGUAUGACCUUGUGCUGGAUGAGGAUAUAGAAGAGUCUCAAACAAGUCAGUCGCACUCAGCUAAAAAGCAAAAGAAGAAAAAGCACCACCACUCUGAAGAUGAAGAGGAUGACAGGAGGACCAAAAAAUCUAAGGAUUCUGAUCGGAAGCAUGAAGGAGAACGCUGUAGAGAGAAGACGAAGAGCGAGAAGAAAGACAGGCAUCGGAGCCACAGCCGGUCGCAGGAGAGAGACUAUUCUUACAGCAAACAAAAAGACAAAUACAGAGACGACUUCCGAGUAAGAGACUGGGACAAAAAAGCAGACAGAAGCAGAAGUCCUAAGAAAUCAAAAGACAAAGAGAGGUCCAAGUACAGAUGAAGGAUAAGAGAAAGGGAAUUAAAAUGUGUUUCCUUCCACCAUUCCCAACGCUCUCUUAAAUGGAUGUGCAGUUACUGGAGAAAAGCAGUUGCCUUCUGUUGGCAGCUUGGCCUUGCAAUUCUAUGUCGGAGUAAGCCUUGAAGCCAGAAAGGUGGUUUCAAUAAAGUAUUUCACAUUAGUGGAAUGGUUUGAGUCUCCAGUAAAGAAUGUUGUCUAAAGCUAUUGGGAAACAUAAGCAUGUACUAACAAGUGAAUUGCCCUUCUCAACGGUGAAGAGAUGUGCAGGACAUACCUCCUUUCUACAAGGAGGUUGUAUUUACCUUUCAGCACUUUCAGAUGCUAUGGUAAUGAGUGUGAUGAUAGAAGAUCUGAGGAGACUGAAAUGUGCUGUGCACCCUCCUUCCAAAAGGUGGGCAGGUACCAUUUGUGCUCAACACUCUUAUUUCCUUCCUUUGAAAGUAUGUGCUUCUGGAUGGCUUAGUCCCAUCAGCAGUAUUUGCUGAUGCCACCGUGUAGCAGUGGUUAAAGGCACUGAAGUACUGCCAUGCUGAUUGCAGGGGCCGUGGAAGUGCUCCACCAUGCUAAAGCAAUUGCACUUACUUGCUAACGUGUUUGCAGCUCACUUGGCUGUGUGGUGUUGCUGGAGGAUGCCUCUCAGAACUGAGAUUCACUUGGUACUUGUCCAUCUGUAGUCACUGUUAAAGAUCUGGACUCUGCAGUGUCAGGGGGAUCCAGCUGCUAUGAUGUCAGGCAGGUUAUAGGGAAGGGGGGUAAUGUAAGUCAUUGGCAGAAUUAGCAGAAAAGCAGAAUGUGUAACUUGCAUUGGAUUUGCCAAACCUAGAUGGGAUUAAUUUUCAGGUUUUGUGGCAGAAGUUAGUUAAUAUAACUCUGAAUCUGCAGAGGAACACAAGUGAUGUUAUCAGAGCUUGGGUCUGAGUAAAGGUUGGCAGGCUUUUAAAUGUCUGGCUUUCUCCCCACCAUUUAAAGUGUUAGCCAGUAUCCAUACAGUUUAAGAAAAUGCAUGUCCUCCUCUUCCUGUCCAGAAAAGGAGAGAUUUGUAUUGGGAAAGGGGCACAUGACAAAUAGAGUUGUCUUUCCUUCCCAUCCAUGGAAUGUGUGAUGGCUCAGAGGCAGCCUGCUUUGAUGAAUAAAUUUAACUUUUUCCUUUUGUGAUUAUGGUUUUUUUUCCAUAUUCCUUGCUGUAGUGUCUGAUUGUAAUAGGAUUUUACAGCUUGAUACCCAUUAUUGGAACGUGAUCUGCAGGACAAAGACUAAAUCUAAAAUUCAAGGCAGCGAGUAGCUGCACAUUACUCUGCCCUGGCAGGCUGGUAGCUGUGCCUGGCUAGAGCAGUUGAAUGGCCUGUAUGCAGAAAGUGAACUUCUGAUUGAGAUGCUUUUGUGGGAAGGCUGGUGCUACUGAGGAACAAAAGCAGCUCUUCAGCCCAUGGCAAAAGAUUCUGACAAAGCAGGCCAGGCCAGAUGCCUAGAAUAUCGAGACCCAAGCUGAGCAGGGGUGCUGAGGGUGUUGUAUACAAGAAUGUCCUUUCCACCGGUCUCUACCCUGUCUUUGCUUUGUUAAAGACUAAGUGUAUUUGGCUUAGAAGCUGCCUUUUGCUGAAUCUCUCUAACUUUUGUCUGCUUCAAAGCAUGGAACUGGAAAUCAAGGGUUUCCAUAACUCUCCUGACAAAACCCUUAUAAGCCAUUGGUGACUUGCAGGGACCUGUGCCAUCCUUGCAGAGGCUGAGCAAGAGUGCAGGGCCUGCUGCCCCAGAGAAGGAAUAAGUAGGAAGCCUGUUCUUGGGAGUCUGCUGUUUCUCUGGAAGGUUUCUGCCUUCAGUGUGGCCAUAGGAAGACUUCCAAAGGACUGCGCUAGGCCAGGGUAUGAUGUAUCUGGGGUGGUGCUGCUGAGGCAGUACGUUUUCUCUAGCUCUUCCUGCUUUCAGCCUGCUUUGUUGAAGAAACAACGUUUGCACUCUCAUACUGUCCUCAGUUCCUUUCCACAGCAUGUUUUUAACAUGCAAAAACCACUGGCAGAUCCGACAAGGUUGUGAAGAUAGUAAAGCAACUGAGUUCUUGCUGCUUUGUAGCAGACAUCAUAGAAAAAAAGAUUGCGCUCUGAGAAAAAGAUGGGGUUCUUGAUAAACACGGGAGAUCCUUUUGUUGGAGAGAUGGUAAAAGUGACUUAACAGUGUGAAGAGCAUCAGCAGACAUUCCUAGGCUUCAGCUGGCCUCCAGGCACCUGUGUGACAUACAGAACUUCUUGAUGUUUAGAAACAAGCACCCUAUUUCAGGCGAACGUGCUCGCUUCUCUGCAGCAGAAAUGGCUUUUUAUUGCUUGCAACAGGUAAAUGUGUAAGAACUAGAAGUUUAUAUGAUGAGUGUAUGGAAGUAAUAAGUCAAUUUGUGUUGGCGACCAAAGAGUCUUCAGAAUAAAGGGUUAAAAAUUAAGUAUAUCCAAAAUAUUUCAAGUUUCUGAUUUUCAGUAUGCCACAGUGCUUUUAAAUAUGCAAUAUCUUCAGAUGGACAGAAUUACCUGUUUAUAUUUUUGAAAUGAAACUUCAUGUUCAAAAAUGAGGUGAUAUUAAUAGGUGACUAAAUGACCCAUAAAGCUCCCUAUUUGGAGGCAAGUGCUUAAUAUUAGGUACUGCCACCUACGACUGCAUUUCUAGGCUGCUGUGCUGACACUGUGGAGGGAUCACAGUUCACCUGGUACACACAUGGAUGGUGGAGCACUCUGGGUUGGAUGGGAUUUACUGCUACGGUCAUCAGAAGUUAUGGCUGUGUACAUGUGGUUCUUCAGGAAGUGACACAAGUGACCUGUAUGGUCAGCCGAAACCACAAACAUUUCCUGCUCUUCCUGUCCUGCCAGAGGUGUUGGAGUGCACAAGGCUUCUUGCUACCUGGGAGCUGGAGACUUGACUUGUUUUAUUCUAAUGAGAGUUCACGCUUCCCUAUCCUUGUUUCCAUUUUGUCAAUGCUAACUCCGAUCUCAGUUUCAGUAUUGACCUUUGGUGCUUGUGAUGGUUAAAAAACAGAACAA